GGGGAGGUUGUUUGGGGAUGGUUUGCCGGGAUAUCGCGUCACCUCCUCGGUGUCUUGCUAGCAUACUGUCACCUGCUCGCAUUCAGCACGAGCUGUUUGCACGGACAUGAAAAGUAAGCUUUCAGGUUGCGGCAGCCGCUCCUGUUUGUGAGCCCUUUGUAAAGCACGUCGCUGCGGGCCAGGAGAUGUUUCGUGAGCUUUGGUGGGUAAACAGAAGGCCUUUACCUUUGCAGGGUUGACAGCUUCUGUUUAGGGGAUUGUUAUCUUUGCGGUAAUGACAGACUACAACUGCUGCUGCAUCUGCUUUUGAGCUAUCAGCCAGAGACGAGACGUCCACCAGAAGAAGAUAGUUGGUAGAUAUGGCUGAACAAGACGUUUGCCCCCACCUCGAUUCAAUAGGCGAGGUGACAAAGGAGGACCUUCUGCAGAAGUCUAAGGGAACUUGUCAGUCAUGUGGAGCUGGUGGUCCAAACCUGUGGGCCUGUCUGCAGAAUGACUGCCCGUAUGUCGGGUGCGGAGAGUCCUACUCUGAUCACAGCACCCUGCAUGCACAGACUAAGAAGCACAACCUUACCGUGAACCUGACAACGUUCAGGAUCUGGUGUUAUGUGUGUGAGCGAGAGGUGUUUCUGGAGCACAGGCCGGCCCUGGUGCCCGUAGCUGCUGCAGCACACCUCUGUAAAGCUACAGAGCAGGAAACCUCUCCCCAGACAGUUGGUCAUCCACUCAAAGCAGUACCGAUUGCUGUGGCCGAAGAAGAAGGCUCAGAGUCAGAAGAGGAUGAGCUUAAACCCAGAGGGUUGACAGGAAUGAAAAAUAUUGGAAAUUCCUGCUACAUGAACGCAGCUCUUCAAGCCCUGUCCAACUGCCCUCCUCUCACUCAGUUUUUCCUGGACUGCGGUGGAUUGGUAAGGACUGACAAGAAGCCUGCUUUGUGUAAGAGCUACCAGAAACUCAUCUCAGAACUCUGGCAUAAAAAACGGCCCAGCUAUGUUGUCCCUACCAGCCUGUCCCACGGCAUCAAACUGGUGAACCCCAUGUUUCGUGGUUACGCUCAGCAGGACACUCAGGAGUUCCUGCGCUGUCUGAUGGACCAGCUACACGAAGAGCUGAAGGAGCCUCUGUCGGAGUGUAGCGUGGGCUGCGACGGGAGCGACGGGGAGGACAGAAGAGACGGAGACCGCUCCCCCUCUGAGGAUGAGUUCCUCUCCUGUGACUCUGGCUCCAGUAGUGACCGAGGGGAGGGAGGAGGGGUGGGUGACAGCGAGCUGCUCAUCCAGGAUGAGUGUGAUGGAGUCCGGUCACCGGCAGGUGGAAUGGGGGACGUCAGUAGUGGUGCAGUGAUCUCUGAGAAGGAGAGGCUUAAAGAAAGGAGGGUACCCGGCUCCCCGCUCCGUGGAGGCUCACAAGAGAUGGAUGAAGAUGCUGAUGUGGACACAGCAGCUGAGGAGGGGGCUCCAGAAAGGAGGGCAGAGGAUGAAGAGGAGCCUGCAGCAAGCCCAAACACAGAGGUCCAAAGUCAGGAAAACCAUCAGACGUCUAACACAGGGCAAGUCCCGAGCAACAACAGCUCAGAGCCAGACAAUGAAGCAUCGAUGACCCAGCCCCAGUCCACUCCCUGCAGUCCUGUGCGCACCCUUCAAGAGCUGCAUCCCAAACUGUCCUCCAGUCCCCCCCGGUCCAGCCCUCUCCGCUCUUCAGGACCUGCAUACUCCUUCAAAAAAGCUCAGCUGCUACUCAGUGCCAGGAAGAAAAAACAGUCUCACUAUCGCAGUGUGAUCUCUGACAUCUUUGAUGGCUCGAUCCUCAGUCUUGUCCAGUGUUUGACCUGUGACAGGGUCUCAACUACAGUGGAAACCUUCCAGGACUUAUCCCUCCCUAUUCCUGGUAAAGAAGACCUAGCAAAGCUCCAUUCAUCCAUCCAUCAGAACCUGCCGGUGAAGACUGGUGUGUGCCCCGACACUUACGGCUCGCAGGGGUGGAUCUCCUACAUCAUGGACUCCAUACGGCGGUUUGUAGUCUCAUGUAUCCCCAGUUGGUUUUGGGGGCCCAUGGUAACACUAGAGGACUGCCUUGCUGCUUUUUUUGCUGCAGAUGAACUCAAAGGGGAUAACAUGUACAGCUGUGAGAGAUGUAAAAAGUUGAGAAAUGGUGUCAAAUACUGCAAAGUGCUUAGACUUCCAGAGAUUCUGUGCAUUCACCUGAAACGUUUUCGGCACGAGGUCAUGUAUUCGUUCAAGAUAAGCAGCCACGUGUCCUUCCCGCUUGAGGGCCUCGACAUGCGACCUUUCCUGGCUAAAGAGAGUCCAUCGCAAGUUACCACUUACGACUUGCUGUCAGUCAUUUGCCACCAUGGCACUGCAGGAAGUGGGCACUACAUAGCUUACUGUCAGAAUGUAAUCAACGGCCAGUGGUAUGAGUUUGAUGACCAGUAUGUUACCGAAGUCCAUGAGACGGUGGUGCAGAACGCAGAGGCUUAUGUGUUGUUCUAUAGGAAAAGUAGCGAGGAGGCUGUGAGAGAGAGGCAGAAGGUGGUGGCUCUGGCCAAUAUGAAGGAGCCCAGCCUGCUGCAGUUUUACAUCUCCAGAGAAUGGCUGAACAAGUUCAACACCUUUGCUGAGCCAGGCCCCAUUAGCAACCACACGUUUCUUUGUCAGCACGGCGGGAUCCCUCCUAAUAAAUACCACUACAUAGAUGAUCUGGUUGUGAUUGUUCCCCAGAACGUGUGGGAAUACCUUUACAACAGCUUCGGAGGUGGCCCAGCAGUCAACCACCUCUACAUGUGUGCAAUCUGUCAGGUGGAGAUUGAAGCUCUAGCUAAACGCAGAAAAACAGAAAUUGACACCUUCAUCAAGCUGAACAAAGAGUUUCAAGCUGAGGAGGCUCCAACAGUGAUCCUGUGUAUCAGCAUGCAGUGGUUCAGAGAGUGGGAGAGCUUUGUGAAGGGCAAAGACAAUGAGCCACCCGGUCCCAUCGACAACAGUAAAAUCGGUGUUAUGAAAGGAGGACAUAUACAGCUAAAGCAAGGUGCAGACUAUGGUCAGAUCUCAGAGGAGACUUGGCAGUACUUGUUGGGAAUUUAUGGCGGAGGCCCUGAGAUUGCAGUGAGACAGACGGUGGCCCCGGCUGACCCCGACACCCUUCAUGGAGAGAGGAAGAUUGAGGCAGAGACGAGAGCACUUUGAGAUAAAGAGAGGUCUUCUGAGCCCUUUUUCCACUCUUGUCCUCACAGGAAGCUGAGGAAUUUGCACCACGGUGAAGAAGCCCCAUCUUGAGCACUUUGUAAAUGUAGCAGCAUGUUAUUCUGAAGCCAUGUUGCAGGAAGAGAAAACGGUACCUAAAUACGACACGGUUUAUUUGUUGGAUAACUUUGAUCCUUAAUGUUGAGGUGUACAAAUAAGAUGUUGUGUCACAUCCCUGGAGCUGUUUUGGUAGCUGUGGUGUCUCAGUGGCCGCUGUAGUGACAUGGUGUUGUAUAAUGCUAAACGGGCAGAUGGCUGCAAGUAUUACAAGACAAAAUGCUGCGGAGAAUAGAAUUACAGUGUGUUGCUUUUGAGGACUUCUCUUCUUCCCUGGAAGCAAACCCAGAGACAUUAACAGUGCUUUUUGUUAGUUAGUUACAUAUCAGCAGGUACGGCCAUGAAGAGAGGGAUGUCAGAUAAAUCACAGUCGGACACUUUGAUCUUUAAAGGGGACAUAUUAUGCAAAAUCUACUUUGUUUUUCCACAAAAGAUGGCAAAAGAGCAUCCCUAGAGAUAUUGCAUGUAGUUACACACAGGCCCCACUGGCGAAUAGAUACGCCUGAAUACCACAGACCUGCCCUGGUGUACAUUUCUGUGUUUUCAUGUCACCUUUACUGCUUUAGUCCAAGCUCAGCUUGGUCCUUUACAUCUCUAUGCAUCUCUCCUCAUCGCACCCUGUACUGCAUUUCAGCACAUUUAAAAUCCCACUACAGCUGACCUCAUUUACAUAAUCUUCAGUUUUUGUUUACAGACAAUGGAAUGACUAUGAAAUAUGAAGACACAAACUACAACCUGGCUUGUAACCUGUCGCCAGUUAUGAGCCAGUUUUUAGAGCUACUGCUCUGCAUUGCUAAAGUUUCAGUUUUAGAAUUGAACCAUGGUUCAUAAUCAUGAGCUCAAAUCAGUGGUUGUUUGUGAUUGCAUUGUCUUGCAUGUAAAAUGAUCACACUGAGAAUGAUAGAAACCUCAGAGUCUCUCAUUCACAUCUAUGUGGCACACUGUGCUGCACUGCUCUCACUGGGUGGUGCUUUCGGCUGCUCCCGUGUGUGUCUUACAGACCACUUCCUGAAAAGGAGAUUGGGCACCAGCAGCACUUUUAAUUUAAAGCUACAGGCACUGAAAGAGUCUGUUAUAAACUGGGGGUAUAAGCUGAACCUUACACAUUUCGGGGACAUGUAAAGCCUGCAUCAACAUGUUAAAGUGGUAUAUAAUAUGUCCUCUUUAAAAGCACUCAGGACUGUGGGUCUUUUUAGGUUUGAAUUUGUUUGAAAGGGUUUACAGACUACAAAAAUGCAUGUGUGGGUUCCAAAAGACUUUGGGUAUAAAUGGAUGAAAAAAAUUGGUUUUUUUUGUUCUUCUUUGCACAAGUGAGGACAUUUCACUGACAGGUUGAGUUUUUUUUUUUUUUUUUUAAUACCCCAAAA